GAAUUGAUUUAGCCGCAGCGCGAGGAGAGGAAGGGAGCGAGAGCAAGGUGCCGCGCUGCUCCGGCGCUCGAAUGCUCUCAGGUGCAUUUUCGCAGGCAGUCACCCAUCAGCAGCCAACAUGAGCGCUUCCCCGGGGAAGCAGAGUCAGAAAAUUAUACCCUUUCUCCGGGGUCUCAGCAACGAGUUCCAGCUUGUGCUCAAGAAACACAAGGAAGAUGUCCAACAUAUCCAGAAGUGGAUGACCCACCAGAAACACCUACCUACCAUAUCAGAUGAAUUUGUGCUGUUGUUUCUGCACAGUUGCGAGUACAGUUUGGAGCGCGCGAAGAACACGAUAGAGACUUACUUCACAAUAAGGGCUGGAGUCCCGGAAUUCUUUGCCCGAAGAGACCCAAAGACUGCAGACAUCAAAAACUCAUUAAAUGUCGCGGAAAUGAUCGCGGUACCAAAGUCAACUCCCAGUGGCAACCGGGUGUUGCUAUAUCGGCUCAAGGAGACAGAGCCCAGCAAGGCCAAUUUCGUCGAGCUGAUGAAAGCCUUCUUCGUGUUCGCCGACUUCAGAAUCAGCGAGGAUGGCCUCGCACCUGGCUACAUCGUUGUUUUUGACAUGAAGGGAGUCUCCAUUGGACACCUUACCAGGGUGUCACUGCCGGCGCUAAAAAAGUUCAUGGUCUACAUUCAGGAGGCCCACCCUGCUCGGUUGAAGGCCAUCCACGUUAUCCACUGCGUGUCCUUCAUGGACAGAGUGAUGGCUCUGGUCAAACCCCUCAUGAAGAACGAACUGAUGGGACUGCUUCAUCUGCACACGGGUGGUGCUGACAGCAUCAAGGACAUUCCUCAGGAGAUUCUGCCUGAAGACUACGGCGGUUCCGCGCCUCCUACUCCUAAGAUUCACGAAAUGAACCGUCUCACCAUGGAAAAGGAUUACGCUGAGUGGAUGAAUGCAGAGGAGGCUUUCAGGGCGGAUGAGAGCCGCCGAGCCCCUGGAAGCGGAAAAAGCAGCAGUCAGCUCUUCGGGAUGGAAGGUUCCUUCCGGAAACUCUCCAUAGAUUGACUGCCAACGUCAACCAAAACGCAUUCACUCUAGAUGAUACUCCAAAAAUAGACUCCUAUCUACCUUUAUAACAGACUGUUAACAGCACUCCAAUAUGUUUAUCUACAAGUCUGCAAUUCGUUGUAUUUUAAUUAUUUUUAGCUCAAUUUAAAGAUUGUUACGUAUUCUAACUGUGUGCUUUUUUAAUGUUUUUAUGCAGCAUUUCUCAUUUUCAUAUUUUAUACACCACCAGAUAGCAUUAGAUGGAUUUAAUUUUUGUUGAUACGUUUACUACCUGAAGUUUCUGUGAAGCAAGCUAAAAUUUGUCACAACGGUUCCAAAAUAAAUUUUCAAGAAGCAAAAGCACACAACCUCUUUCAAGUGAUUUUAAAUAACGGUAUUGUUGAUAUAUGCAUGUGAAUUUAAUGCAGCUAAUGUAUUUUCUGUGUCCAUUUUACAAUCGAUCGUCUGAGCGCGCGCAGCAGGUUUUUGUGUUUUGUCUCGUGCGAUGGAAAAUAAAAUCAAGCGUGUGUGUGCAUACAGCAAAAGAGAUUGA